UGGACAACUCUGGUAACGUAAGCUCGUGCAUUCAGUGGGCGCAUUUUUGAUUGUUCGUUAAUUUUGCUUAAGCAGCGCCAUUUUGACAAACAUUUACCGUUGUUUCGCUGACACUGCAUAAAAAGUUGCAAUUGUUUGAAGUUUCUCACAUUACAAGCGCGUGCUUUCUAAUAUUUUCAAAAUAAAGCGCAGAAGCGAUAAUUCAAUGUCAGAAUUAGACUGGGACGACCCAAACUAUGUCGAGCCGACUGCGCAGUAUUCAAAGUCAUCAUAUGACAGUUUUAACGACAAAUAUGAGCGUAGCGUGAGGCGUGAUUACGAGAGCGGCUCGCGUGGACGCCGUGGCGGUGAAUAUGAGCGAGAGUAUACUAGCAGCAGCAGCAGAUAUGAUCGUGAACGCAAUCGGGACAACCGGGAGAGCUACAGCAGCAAACGUCGCGAUACUAAUUAUGAUAACGAUGCACCCCGUGGUGACUCCUUCAACGAGUCUAUUCAGAUCGGUUCCGAUAUGAUUGGGCGCAUCAUUGGACGCGGCGGCGCCAAUAUAACACGCCUACAAAAUGAUUAUAAUGUGCGCAUAAACCUAGAUAAGGCUAAUCUGCUUGUGGAGGUAUCUGGCAGCUCGAAAAUGAACGUCACAGAUGCUGUGAAUCAGAUUAAAAAACAAACAAGCGACGAUGAUGGCGGUGCUCGUAGAUCAUAUAGUGGUGAUGCUGGCGGUGGUAGCUACAAUCGCUCCAGCUCUAAUCGUUAUGAUGGAGGAGGUGGGAGUGGACGCAAUAAUUUUGACUUUGGCCCGCUACGAACAUAUGAAAUACCCCAAGGGGGCGACUUGAACGCCGUGAUUGAUUGGGACGCCGUAAAUAAAAAAUAUGAAGAAACACAAGCGGCACGUUUGGCCAAGUUGCCGCUGUUAACAAAAGUUUUUUACAAGGAGUGCCCUGAAGUGGCCAACUUGCCACAAGAUGAAGUGGAACGCAUACGCAGUGAAAACAACAACAUAACAGUUUCACAUGUGUUUGAAGCCAAAGAAGGCGAAACAUUGCCUGCUAUACCUAAUCCAGUUUGGCAGUUCGAACAAUGCUUUGCAGAAUAUCCUGAUUUAUUGGGUGAAAUACAAAAGCAAGGAUUUUCAAAGCCUUCGCCUAUACAAUCUCAAGCCUGGCCUAUUUUGCUCAGUGGGCAUGACAUGAUUGGUAUUGCCCAGACAGGCACAGGAAAAACAUUGGCUUUCCUCUUGCCUGGCAUGAUACACACAGAGUAUCAAAGCACACCACGCGGCACUAGAGGUGGUGCCAAUGUGCUGGUGUUGGCUCCUACACGUGAGCUUGCACUCCAAAUUGAAAUGGAGGUCAAGAAGUAUUCCUUUCGUGAUAUGAAAGCUGUUUGUGUUUAUGGCGGCGGUAGUCGUAAAAUGCAAAUUUCUGAUGUGGAACGUGGCGCAGAGAUAAUCAUUUGCACGCCUGGUCGUCUAAACGAUCUUGUGCAAGCUAAAGUGAUUGAUGUAUCAACCAUAACGUAUUUGGUCUUGGAUGAAGCUGAUCGCAUGUUAGACAUGGGCUUCGAACCGCAGAUACGCAAGGUGCUGCUUGACGUGCGUCCGGAUCGUCAAACUAUUAUGACCUCAGCCACUUGGCCACCUGGUGUGCGUCGUUUGGCUCAAAGCUAUAUGAAAAAUCCCAUGCAAGUGUGCGUGGGCUCACUAGAUCUGGCCGCCACUCACUCUGUGAAGCAGGUGAUUGAGCUGCUUGAAGAUGAUAAGGACAAGUUCACUACGCUGAAGACCUUUGUGAAGCAAAUGACCAAGACCGAUAAGAUUAUUGUUUUCUGUGGCCGUAAGGCGCGUGCUGAUGACUUGUCUAGUGAUUUGACAAUUGAUGGUUUCGAAACACAAUGCAUUCAUGGCAAUCGCGACCAAAUUGAUCGUGAACAGGCUAUAGCCGAUAUUAAGUCGGGCGCUGUGCGCAUUCUUAUAGCUACCGAUGUAGCGUCACGUGGCUUGGAUAUUGAAGAUAUAACACAUGUCAUCAAUUACGAUUUCCCGCGUAAUAUUGAGGAAUAUGUACAUCGUGUGGGACGCACAGGAAGAGCCGGGCGGAAAGGUACUUCCAUAAGCUACGUAACACGCACCGACUGGGGCAUGGCCAAAGAGCUGAUUACUAUAUUGGAAGAGGCUGAACAGGAAGUGCCAGAGGAACUGCGAAACAUGUCAAAGCGUUUUGCAGCUAUGAAGGAGCGACGUGCCGCUGAGGGAGGAGGCGGACGUGGCGGCGGUGGAGGAGGCUAUGGUGGCCGUCGUGACCGUUAUUAAAAACGUAAAACCACAUAGUUUUAUCAAAUACUUAACUACGCAUUGAAGCGAUCGAAUUUAUAAUGACGUAAGUUCCUAUAGUUAUUUACAUCUUCAUUAGAGGUAGCUACGAACUACCCCAGUUAAUAUACGAUAAUCACCAGCAGCAUUUAAAACAAUAAAGUU